AUGGACCGCUCAUGGCCCUGGAGAAGGAUCGGCUUCUGUGGGGACAGGACGGGAGAGUCAGCGCCCAGAACCGGCCCCUGUCCAGACCCGGACCCCCAGGGCAACACCUCCAACUCAGGGGAACUUACCAUCGCAGCGGUGACGCGAGGAGAGCGGCAACGGCAGGUACUGGCCUUGGUGCUGGUGGCCGCUCUGUGGGGUGGCACACAACCGCUGCUCAAGCGGGCCUCCUCCGGCCUGCAGCAGGUUCAUGAGCAGACCUGGGCCCGGCAGUUGCUGCAGGAGAUGAAGACUCUCUUCUUGAAUACUGAGUACCUGAUGCCGUUUUUCCUAAACCAGUGUGGUUCCCUUCUCUACUACCUCACCUUGGCAUCAACAGAUCUGACCCUAGCUGUGCCCAUCAGCAACUCUCUGGCCAUCGUCUUCACACUGAUUGUUGGGAAGGUCCUUGGAGAAGAUAUUGGUGGAGAACGAGCAUUCGCAGGCAUUGUGCUCACCGUGGCAGGAAUCACCCUCUGCAUCACAAGCUCAGUGAGCAAGACCCAGGGGCAACCAUCUACCCUUUGAGUGGGCCGACACCACCCUCCAGCUCUACUGUCUCCAGGAAGCCCUCGUGCCAUGAGGUGCAGGCUGUGAGCAGAUGGACCUAGCACGUCCCCGCUCUGAGCUUCCGCUUCCUCAUCUCUUAUGGGAAUAACAGCUACCUCAUGGAUCACAAUAAGAGAACAAGACUGAAAGGAUUUUGUAACUUUCAAGUGCUGUUCAACUUCUGCGAUUUAGCACAAGAGACUUCACACUCACCUUCAGCAACCUUUCUGCCCCAGCAGCUCUCUUCCUGCUGUCACAUCAGGCCCCUAAGGCCCUAGCCCAGCCACUGUUACUAUGGCCUGAUCUGGACUCUCCCAGCAGCAGGGUUGAUGGACCGCAGAACCCCUGCUGCAUGGAGAGGGCCAGCUACAGUCUUUGAGCCAGAAAUGCAAACAGGAGGCCUCCAGGGCUCAGUCAGAGAGCCUUGGCUGGCUGAAGGGGGAACUGAG